AUGCCUGCGGAUGUGCCAGUGGUCACUGCCAAUGGCUUCGGCGCUCCACAACUGCAGUCGCAGCACCCUACGCCUUCCUCUGUACCGUAUAUGCAUGUUCCCGGUGGAUGGCCGCAGGAAUACGCCAAUGCCGCCGAAGAAGUCAUAUCUCCGCGCGCUUCUCUAUUCAGUACGCUCGGCAAGUGGGCUGCGACCGUCAGCGUUGUCAACCUGCUCUCACUCCCGGUGCGCCUCGCAGAACGAUACCUUCGCCAGCAGACUAUCAAAGCGAUCCCGAUCAUCUCUUCGACUGGCUCCAGCAAGAAGCGCUUCGUUGCCGCAGGCGUGGCAGAUGAAGAGGACUCGACACCCUCACCUUCAGUGCGCGCGCGCGCAAACCAGACGCGUCGCGAGAAUCAAAGGCAGGCGCGCGCAUCACAGUCGUGGAACUCCAGCCUAGGCCCUGGUCAUUUCCGCGACUCACCGAUUCAAUAUACGUCACCACCAGCGAAUACACAAGAUUGCGCCGAGUUGGAGACUACAUCCACAUAUGGCAACAACUCCGACGACGCAAACACAUUUAUCGACGUCGAUGUCGACUUCUCCUUUGACAACAUCCUCACCUCAACCCCGCCGCGCAAUUCCCAAACAGGUUCUCCCAUAAAUGUAUCCUUGGAAUUCCCUCAGAUCGAUUCACUAGCGAGCUCGACUCCCCCGUCAUACGAAUACGAAUCGCCUGUUUGCGACAACGCAGCUCCGGCAUGGCUCUUUUCGCAGCAUCAGUCCCCUGCUGUACAUGCCUCUCCAGAUUUUGCAUCGCCAUCAGUGCUAGGAUCCGCAAACUCAAUCUUCAACUCAAGCCGCAAUGGCCAGCGUGCUUUCAAGCUUCCCUCGGUUACACCUAUGCGACGUCAGCUGUUGAAAAGACAGCUUGGUAAUGAUGUCAAACGCAGACAGGCCGCGCUUCUGACGGAGUCUACGGAGCAAGGUUCCACCGAGACCGAGCCAGCUAAAACCAAUCCCACCGAGGCAGUCAACCAAGACCCCUCUAACUCCACAGAUACUUUGUCAUACGCACCUCCUAUCCACGAGCCACACACACACCAACUCUACAACUCUCCAUCGGUACCACAAUCAGAGACCGAUGGCUCGCUGAUGAAACUUGACUUUGAGCCUGAAGCCCCUGAGUUCGAAUACGAAAACGAUUUGUCGUUCCUUCUUGAUGCACCGACUUCGCCACGAAGGAAGGGAGUACGAUGGGAAAAGGAUGCUAAAUGCAAACCUUUCUACUUUGAUGAGAAAGUCAGCGAAAUGCUCGAUUCCACACUAGAGACGAUUACCUCCAGUCCGAUCAGGGACUACUACGAUGUGUUCCAGAACAACAAUCGCGGCGCAUCAGACGGCAGUCGGGCAGCAUCUUCUCCUAGCUCUUCAGCAGCUAGUAGCCCGAGGAUUACGCUAUUCGAUUUCCCUGCCAAGGAUGGUGGUUGGCGCGGUGUCUCCGUGGAUGCUUUCAACUCUCCAGAUGAAUCGCUCGAGGAAUCUCAGCUUUCACUAGAGCUUUUCGAGGAUCUUCAGAGAGACAUGCAGAGAAAGCUUGCCUUGGCGCCACCACCUCCGCCACAGAAGCCACUGAUUGCACCACUCUCUCCUGAAGAAGAAAAGAUACUGCAAGAUGCUGCACUGAAGACUAACCACGGCCGCAACGCAAGUCAAUGGGUCAUCGAGGAGAAGCUCUAUGCUCGAGACUUUGCGACCCUGUUGCCUCGAGUGUUCAAUGGGGAUCCAAGGGCAUGGUUGAACGACAACAUUGUCAACGAAUAUCUUUCCAUUCUUGUCGCCGCAAAGAAGAAGGAACUGGGCUUUGUACAUAAACGUAACGGCCCGGCACCUGCACUUCACGCUUUCUCUUCCUUUUGGUACCAAACCGCCGAUACGUCGCGCUGGACAAACAGGUUCCAGCUCAAAGGCAAACAAUACCUAGAUGCUCAGCUUAUCCUCUAUCCCAUCUGUGACAAGGGACAUUGGCGUCUGCUAGCUGUCUAUCCCCAGGACCGCUCUAUGGAAUACUUCGACUCCAUGGGCCUUGACGGACAAAAGUAUAUCGACAAACUGAUGGAAUACCUUAAGCAGGAGCUCGGUGAACACUUCAUCCCCGAGGAAUGGGACAAAGACAACAUUCAACGGAGCGAACAACAACUGAAUGGAAGCGACUGCGGUGUUUUCACCCUCAUGAACGCUUUGAUCCUCAUUCGUGGUGACGAUCCCAAGCGUGUCCUUGCUACCAAUGGCAUGGAUGACGCGCGUAAGCGUAUCGCAGCUACUCUGCUGGCCCGACAGCCUACUACCGAGCUGGAAUGA